AAUCAGUUUGCUCGUUGUUGUCGCGAACACAAAAACACGUUAAGAGCGGCAACAUUGUGGAUGUUGAUGCAUCAUGAUGUUGAUAAGGCUGGCUAUAUACAUUUUAUUAUAUCGUCAGUCGCGUAAAGUCGGGCAAAAAUUCAAGAAGCGUUUCUAGCGAGAUAAAUUGUUAAAAAUCGCAAUCUUCAUACAAACCGUCGGUACCGCACUCGAAAAUCUAAAAACAAAAACAAAUAUUGCUGUUGUCGCUGCCACCCCUACAAACACACACAUGUGCGACAAGAAAACACGUUGGGGAAAAGUCGAAAGAAAAUUUCAACAACCGAAAAGAAAAGUCAACUGAGUCAAAAGAGUAAAAGACUGAGGUAUAGCAAAGUAAAUAUAGUUUUAAACGAUAAAUUAGCAACAGCAAGUUGAUAAAAUAAAAGUGCCAUAACGUUGCCGCUUACGUUUUCUCCGGUUGACGUAAAGCUGACUCCCGCUCUCUCUCUCUCUCUCUCUGUCGCUGAUUCUCUCUCCCCGAUUCUCUUUCUCCGCGUGUGGAUUGCGUUUUUGCCGGCGACGGCGACUCCAAAAAGACACGGCACAACACACACACUCAUUUUGUGGCCCAAGAAGUUCAGUUCGCUUUUCGUUCGCCAGUCCGCAAAAAUGUGAAAAUGGAAAACUGAUAGAAAACUAACUGCAGGGGGAAAUACCAAACCGAAAAGCCGCAAAAGACUGCAACGGCAACUGCAAAGUAAAAAGCUUCAAAGUCGCUGCAAAAUACGCUAAUCAAAGAAAAAAACGUAAAAGAAAAGUGCGCGCGUGUAACAAUUAUGUGAUAUCUACAACAAAUGCUCGAACUGCUGACGUCACGCACAGAAUCGUAGAAUAUAUAGAGAAUAUAGAAGGGAAACGAAAACGUCGUGUAGUAAAGUUAAAAGUUCCCACACACACCAACACACAUAUAGACUGAGUCAAAAAAAACGAAAAGAAGAAGCAGCAGUAUAUAAUACGUGGAAUACAAAAAAAAGUAACCGAAAGAAAAAGGCAAAACACCCGCAAAAAAAUGAAAAAAUUUGCAAAUAUGAAACGUGUGUGAUAUUCAAAGAGCAAGAAGAAGAGCUGACGGCGGUGGAAAGAAAAACGAAGAAGCAGCAGAGCAAUUUGUUGUUGUUGUUGCGUGUGAUAAUAUAUAGAAAGCAAGAAAAAAAGCGACAAGAAUUCCAAUUUAUAGAUGUGAAGAAUCCUUAGGUGCUAAUUUAGUUGAUAAGCGCAAAAUACAAACGAUAGAGAGAGAGAGCGAUAAACAGGCAGUACAAUAAGUCAACCGACACAAGAACUGGAAAAUUCCGACUGGGUGGCAACUUUUCUAAGGCAGUGCUUAAAAGUAUGCUACAAAAUAAUGCCAGCGAUUGCCGACUGAGGCGAACUUAACAGAAUCAGCCACAUAUAUACAGAUAUACAUAAAUAUACAGCCAACCGACAGUCAGAGAGAGAGAGAGAGAGAGUGGAAGUGAAAGAGAGCGAUUGAGGCGGAGAAUCGCCGAAGAAUCACCGAAGAACCGGCAGCGAAAUGUCCAAGUUCUUUGUAAAUGUUGCCCCCAUCAACAGCAGCAGCAACAGUAACAACAGCGGCAAUAACAGCAACCAGAGACACCAACAGCAACACGGUUAUGGCGCGGGCGGGACAACUGGCGGCCACACGAUGGUCGCCCGCAGACUCAACUAUGAUCUGCUCGGCGGCAACACCAACAUCAACAACAACAACAACAAUAUUGUGAUCAAGAACGAGACCCUCGAUCUGGACUAUGAUCAUGGUCUGAGCAGUAGCGAUAGCAACAGCAAUAGCAAUAGCAACAGCGGCGUUGCAGCUCAUCUAAGGGAUCAUGUGUACAUCAGUCUGGAUAAGGGGCACGGCACGGGGGCAGUGGCUACAGCAUCGGCGGGCCAUGCGCAGCAGCAUCAGCGCAAGGUUACCGGCAAGUCCAACGAUAUCACAAAUUACUACAAGCAGGUCAAACGCCGGCCACAAACCGUCAGCGACGAGAUCCACCCUAAGAAACAGGCUAAGCAGAGUGCGCACCACCAGACGGUGGUUUACCAGAAGCAUGUGGCCAGCAGUACGCCCCAGCAGCUGCGGAACAGCCACCACCAGUUGCACCAUGACGCCGAUGGCGAGCUGGACGAGGAUGUGGUGGAGCGGGUGGCCAAACCGGCAUCGCAUCACUCCUUUGCCCUGUCAACGCCGCAGCAACACUUGGCCGCUUCGGUGGCCAUGAGCUCGUCGAGCGGAGAUCGUAAUAGGGCGGACACUUCGCUGGGAAUACUGACCAAAAAGUUUGUGGACCUGCUGCAGGAGUCGCCGGAUGGUGUAGUGGAUCUGAACGAGGCAUCCAAUCGGUUGCACGUCCAGAAGCGACGUAUCUACGACAUCACCAAUGUCCUAGAAGGCAUUAACAUCUUGGAGAAGAAGUCCAAGAACAACAUCCAGUGGCGCUGUGGGCAGUCGAUGGUUAGCCAAGAGCGGUCACGACGCAUCGAGUCGGAAUCGGAACGUCUGGAGCAGACCGAGAACGAGCUGAACAUGGCCAUUGAUCAGAUGCGCGGCAGUCUGGCGGAGAUCUCGAAGGAGGUGGAGAACGCCGGCGGCAUGGCCUACGUCACGCAGAAUGACCUGCUUAACGUGGAUCUGUUCAAAGAUCAGAUCAUCAUUGUGAUCAAGGCGCCGCCAGAGGCCAAGCUUGUGCUGCCCAACACAAAAUUGCCGCGCGAGAUUUAUGUGAAGGCGGAGAACAGCGGGGAGAUCAACGUCUUCCUCUGCCAUGACACCUCGCCGGAGAACUCGCCGAUUGCGCCGGGUGCCGGCUAUGUUGGAGCACCGGGUGCCGGAUGCGUCCGAACGGCCACCUCCACACGACUGCAUCCGCUGACCAACCAGCGCAUGAACGAUCCGCUCUUCAACAAUAUCGAUGCCCUGAGCACCAAAGGAUUAGUUCCCACGCCCUACCGCUCGGCCCGCAACCUCAGCAAAUCGAUCGAGGAAGCCGCCAAGCAGUCCCAGCCUGAAUAUAAUAACAUUUGUGAUAUUGCGAUGGCCCAGCAUCAUAAUCUGAACCAGCAGCAGCAAAGUCAGCAACAGAUGCUGCACCAGCAGCAGCAGCAGCCAGAUGAGGACGAUGUGGACACGGAGCUGAGUCAACUGGUGCCGACACUAACGAACCCGGUGGUUCGAAGCCAUCAGUUCCAGCAGCAUCAGCAGAACUCCAUCCAGGAGCUGUUUAGCAGCCUCACAGAAUCCUCGCCACCAACGCCUACGAAGCGGCGAAGGGCGGCAGCAGCCGCUGCAAUUGCAGCAGGCAGCGCAACAGCAACAGCAGCAACCACUACGCUUAAUAGUCAUAACAACAGCAACCACAGCAAUCAUAGCAACAACAGCAACAGCAAUUCCCAACCACCCACAAUAGGCUACGGUGGCAGCAGUCAGCGACGCAGCGAUGUGCCCAUGUAUAAUUGUGCAAUGGAAGAUGCAACCACAACAUCUGCAGCAGCGGCAGCAGCAUCCCGAGCGGCGGCAGCUACACAUUCAUCGGCGAUAAGUUCACUGCAGAUGCAAUUUGCUGCCGUUGCAGAUAGCAGCAGCAACAACAACAACAACAACAACAACAACAACAGCAGCAGCAACGGCGGUGGCGAUGACGGCGGCUAUGGCAACAUCGCUGGCGCUGGCGCCAACGCAGAUCCCCAUCAGCCAUUCAGCCAUGGCCGCCACAGCCUGCCGCCCAGUGUGGCCGAUUGCGAUGCCAAUAGCAACAGCAGUAACGUCACGCUCCAGGGUCUCGAUGCGCUCUUCAACGACAUUGGCUCGGACUACUUCAACAACGAUAUUGCUUUUGUGUCCAUCAAUCCACCGGACGACAAUGAUUAUCCUUAUGCCCUGAACGCCAACGAGGGCAUCGAUCGGCUGUUCGACUUUGGCUCGGAUGCCUAUGGACCCUAAGAUGCAGAGACGUCCAAGAAACACAUAUACACUCACACACACAUAUAUAUAUCUACAAACAAAAUUGGGAUUCUGGGGGUGUUUAUAAUUUUAAAUUAUAUACAAAUGGCAAAAACAAACGCAAACAAAAACCCGCAAAUUACAAAUUAUUAAAUUAUUUGAUUGCAAAAAUCACAAACAAACAAGCAAACAAAAAAUCCAAAAAAACAAAACACAAAAAAAGCGAAUCAGCAAAACUUAAUGAAACUAAGUUGUGUGUAAAGUUUUAAGCGUAAAAAUUAUACAAAUAUAUAUAUAUAUAAAUAUAUAUAUUUAAAUUUAAACCCCAAACUAAUUUAAGCGAAACAAAAAGAAAAAACGAAAACACAAAAUCUACUUUACGAAAAACUCAGCCUCACAAGAGAAAAGCAAAGGAAGGAGAAGAGAAAGUUGAAGCAAGAAGAGCCACAUUUUAUAAGCAAAUUUCAAUUUUAGCCUUAAAACAAAAAGAAAGCGAACGAGAAAAGGAGAAGCAAAAGCUAAGAAUCAGGAAUAGAACCAUCUUAAAUGAAAUGGUUAAAAAAUACUUCCCUUACUUAUCAAAAGAAAAAAGUACAUUUUUGGGCUAGAACUGUCUGUAAAUUAGUAAAGAAAAAAGAAAGUAAAAUCAACACACACACACAUAAUUUUUAAUUAGAAAACAAAAUAGUUGUAAAGUCAAUCAAUCAGCAUAAAAUUAAAAAACAAUAAAAAGAAAAUCAAUUUCAAAUUGUAAAAAAAACGAUGGAAGACAUUUCAAAUUCGAACAGCAGCAGAAGAAGAUGAGGAAACAACAACUGGGCCCCAUGACCCCUGACCUCAUCCUUGCCCCUUCUUCCCCUUCAAUAUUCGCAUGCAACAAGGAAACUUCUUCUGCCAUUUGUUUCAUUUGCUUCGAUUUAUCGAUUGAUUUUUAAUUACUAUUAUUAAAGCUAUAAACUAUGUAUAAUAAU